AUGGAGCAAGAACUAUUCAUUGAGGGUGAUGUGCAAGUGUUGGGUGAUUCGUCAAGCUCAAAUACACUUGAUACUCCACAAGUUGGGAUGUAUUUUUCAUCUGAAGAAGAAGUCUGUGCUUUUUACAAAUCAUAUGCCCAAGGUCUUGGUUUUGGUAUUUCAAAGUUGGGUUCCAAAAAAGGAGAUGAUGGCCAGAUAAAGUAUUUUUCAUUCGGAUGCUCUAAAAAUGGUAAGACCGUUCCUAAAGUGAAAAAUUCCUUUUAUCCUAGAGCUUGUAGCAAAACGGAUUGCAAAGCAAAGAUUAAUAUUACAGUUCAAAAUGAUGAAUUAUGUGUCAUUACUAGUAUUCAACUAGAACAUAAUCAUGCAUUAAGUCCAAGGAAGUCAAGACAUUUCAGAUGCAAUAAAGUGUUAGAUUCCCAAACUAAGAGGAAAUUAGAGUUGAAUGAUCAAGCAGGAAUAACUUUGAGUAAAAGUUUUCAAUCAUUUGUUGUUGAAGCUGGUGGUUAUGAAAAUUUAUCAUUUGAUGAGAGAAAGUGUAGAAAUUAUGUGGCUGAAGUACGAAGAUUAAGGCUUGGGAAUGGUGAUGCAGAAGCCUAG